AUGUCAAUGGGGGCCAUCGACUUCGAGAAGCUCAAAUGUUUGUUGAACGUUACCCUUAGUCGUUUUGAUGUAUUGAUAAGAAAACAUACGGAAAGGUCUCUUGUUUCACGUGGCACCGUGUGUGACUAUCUUCGCCAGGAUAAAGUUGAACGGGCUCGAAUUCAUGCAGAACAGAUGAUACGUGAUGACAGUUAUGUCGAGGCAUUAGAAGUGGUAAAAACUUUGCAUACUGUUUUGAUAUCGAGAAUGGGAUUGCUUAAAAAUGGUGGACCAUUAGAUCAACUGGUCAGAGAAGCCAUCUCCACUAUUCUGUGGGCUUCCACGGUUCUUUCCGUGGAAAUUCCGGAAUAUAAAUCGAUUGUUCAGAUUUUUGGAAAAAUGUUUGAUAAAAGUUAUGUCUCAGAACGCCAAGAUGGAUCUUCAGAUGAAAUUAAUGUAACAGUGAAACAAAAGCUGAACCUUAUACCGGGCCACAACAUGAUCGAGGUUUAUUUGGUAAGUCCCUUAGCCUAUCACGGUGAUUUAAUCAUUUGCCACACCCUUGACACUUCCGUUGUACUUCACGAUAUCUCUUAUCUGGUUGCCCUUAAUUUGUCUGUCAAUGGAGAAGGGUCUUCGAACCCCCCAGCGCUUCCGAUAUCCCUAAGAAAUAAUCUUACUUUGAUCCAAAACCAUAGCUCUCUUGCUUGCUCUACACACUCGCACUGGAAACACGCACUCAUCAUUAUCGCCAAGAUUCGCAGACUGAACCGCAACAUGGAUUCUGUACACCAAUUUCUCCAUUGUUCUUCUCCACCGGUCUUUUUUGUCAGAAGCACCAUUCUCCCCCUCAUCAGACACCACCCACCUUCAAGUCCACAACUGUACUUUCUACUACCGAAAGUUGGUAUAUGCGUCUUUAUUCACCAAUCAGUCGCCUCCUCCUGGGUCCCAAAUCUUGAUUUUUCCACUCGUGAAUUUCAGCUGAUGUGGCUGAAACUCCGACUUCCUUCUUUUAAUCAUUAUCUUUAUGUUCUAUAUCGUUCCCCUCACGAGCUGCAACUCAUCCAUAUUUGA